UAAACCGUAGGGGGGCGGGACGAUGGAGAAGUGCUGCCUGUCUAUGUUGAUACAGAUCUAAAAACUGGACUAACAGAGUGUCUGCCUGCGCGCUGCCCUUCGCGUGGACUAAUUUUUGUUUUAUACGGUGAAAAAGUUUUCCAGCGUGGGGGAAAUUGUUUAUUAAAAAAAGAAAAGAAAGAGCUGCCUUCAACUCCACUGGCUCGGAAAAUCUGGCGACCUGGCUCAAAUAGCCGGGGGCCCCCUCUGCUGCUGCACGAAGUGAAGGUUGAUAUGCCACAUCUGUGAUGGAACCCAUGACGGUGACGACGUCGGCGGUCGGACCGGAUGAGUCCGACCGCAACGCCCCGCGGAUCUGCGGGGUGUGCGGUGACAAGGCCACCGGCUUCCACUUCAACGCCAUGACGUGCGAGGGCUGCAAGGGUUUCUUCAGGCGCAGUAUGAAGCGCAAAGCCGCCUUCACCUGUCCGUUCAACGGGAGCUGCACCAUCACCAAGGACAACCGGCGUCACUGCCAGGCCUGUCGUCUCAAACGCUGCAUCGACAUCGGCAUGAUGAAAGAGUUCAUCCUGACCGACGAGGAGGUUCAGAGGAAGAAGGACAUGAUAAUGAAGAGGAAAGAGGAGGAGGCAGCCCGAGAGGCGAUGAGGCCACGUCUGAACGACGAGCAGUCCCAGAUCAUCUCCAGUCUGGUGGAGGCUCACCACAAGACCUACGAUGCCUCCUAUUCUGACUUCUCCCGCUUCAGGCCUCCGGUUCGCGAAGGACCAGUAACACGCAGUGCCAGCAGAGCGGCCUCCCUUCACUCUUUGUCCGAUGCCUCCUCUGACUCAUUCAACCACUCACCUGAGUCCGUGGACACCAAGAUGAACUUCAGCAGCCUGUUAAUGAUGUACCAGGACGGCGCCAGCAGUCCAGACUCCAGUGAGGAGGACACAAAGCUUUCUAUGCUGCCCCACCUGGCUGACCUGGUCUCCUACAGCAUCCAGAAGGUCAUCGGCUUCGCCAAGAUGAUCCCCGGCUUCAGAGAGCUGACGGCAGAAGACCAGAUCGCUCUGUUGAAGUCCAGUGCCAUCGAGAUCAUCAUGCUGCGUUCAAACCAGUCGUUCAGUCUGGAGGACAUGUCCUGGAGCUGCGGGGGGGCGGACUUCAAAUACUGCAUCAACGAUGUCACAAAGGCGGGUCACACUCUGGAUCUGCUGGAGCCGCUGGUGAAGUUCCAGGUCGGCCUGAAGAAACUCAACCUGCACGAGGAGGAACACGUGCUGCUCAUGGCCAUCUGCCUGCUCUCCCCAGACCGCCCUGGCGUCCAGGACCACGGCCGCAUCGAGCAACUCCAGGACCACAUGUCGGAGACGCUGCAGGCCUACAUCCAGGUGAACCACCCCGGCGGGCGCCUCCUCUACGCCAAGAUGAUCCAGAAGCUGGCCGACCUGCGCAGCCUGAACGAGGAGCACUCCAAGCAGUACCGCUCGCUCUCCUUCCAGCCCGAGCACAGCAUGCAGCUCACCCCGCUGGUGCUGGAGGUGUUCGGCAGCGAGGUAUCAUAGCAGAGGAGACGGAGGAGGAGGAGGAGGCAGUGCUGCGCUCGCAUGCACGCACACACACACACACACACACACACACACACACACACACACACACACACACACACACACACACACACACACUCAUAACCAACCCUUUCCGCCUCCCCCAGAGAGAACCCCAGCCCUGAUACACCUGGACGCGAGGUAGAAAGAUGGAUAAUCAGAUAGGUAGAUGGUUACCUUCACCUCUUCAUCAUCAUCUCCCCAUCCUCCUGCGCCCGGCCUCGAGUGGCAAGGCUCAGAUGCCCGGGCCUCUGGAUUUAUGGAUUCAGUACACCUCAAUAUGCUCUCGGAUAACCAGAUUGUAUUUUAAAGCUUUGGAUUGGCAACACUGCGCCGCAUUAAAUCAGGCAGGCACCCGCUACAGACUGACCCCUGAUCGUCUCCCAAUCCCCAAACUCUUCCCGCCCCCCUUUCCCCCCCCUCACAGUGAAGACAGCUUGAUGGAUGUGACGGCAGCCCGUGCGUCCCUUCGACCAUCACCCCCAUGACAUUGUUCAGUGCUCACGUCAUGCUCAGUGACUGAUGGGAACGGAUACACAGAUUCACCUCGUGGGCUGGAGGGCGACGUUAGUACAAUCGUGUUCGGUAGCUCUAAACUCCUGUCGGCGGCAGAGUAAUCAAACUAUACUAAACAUCAGUCAAAGUCUCUCUCUCUCCCCCCCCCCCCCCCCCCAAAUGUGUCUGUGCGUGUUUUUAAAGAGAGGUCUCUGACGGUCAGCUAAAGUGAAGAAGGAAGUUUAAGUAGAAACGAUGAGACGAGAGGUGAGAUUUGGAGGGACGAAUAAAAGGAGGUGGGAGAGACGGAGGGAUGUGCUCCGGUGGGAAUUCCCUGUUCGCAAGACAAAAGGAAAUUUCACAAAACAAGAAUGUAUGUAUGAUGCUAUAUAAAUAUAAGUGAUAUGUAUAAGCUGAUAUAUAUAUAUAUAUAUAUAUGUAUAUAU